AUGACCGACCCCAUAAGCUCUGAAAAUCUUAUAACUAGAAUCAACAUUUUCGAUUUUGAUGGUACGCUUUUCGCGUCACCACAACCAAAUCGCAAGCUGUGGGUGGAUCCAUUAUUUGGAUAUCUUAAAAAUGAUUCUAUGUUUUACAAAGGAUGGUACCAACAUAAAGCAUCACUAAGCUUUGAUGAAUCCGUAAGACGAGGAAGAUGGAAAGGCUGGUGGAAUGACGAUAUUGUAAGACUCGUUCGUGAAUCAAUAGAACACCCAACUUCGUUAACAGUAUUGCUUACCGGACGCGGUUAUUCAGAAUUUCAUCACAUCGUCACAGAUAUGGUAGAACGAAAGGGUUUAAAAUUCGACGUGUCAGGAUUCAAACCGGAUCAAAAUACUUUUAAUUGGAAUUCGUUUUAUAGACCAUCAAUUAUCCAAAAAGUAGGUGCUAUGAAAUACGAAGAACUCAUCCGUAACGAAACAAUAUUAGAAAGUAAAAACGGUAGGAUCCAUACGAAGGAUUUUAAACUUGCAUUUAUGAAGGAAUUACUUCGGCAUCACCCUUCCGUUAAUUCAAUUCACUUAUGGGACGAUCGUGUACAUCACGUAAAGUGUUUUCAAUUAUUUUUUGAUGAUUUGAAAUUGCAUGGAAUAGUUCAGGAAGCAAUUGCAAAUGCUGUAUUCCUUCCUAUUCGAGUAUCUCGUUGUCCAGGCAAUGAUAGACGAUCACAACAAAGCAGUUGA